CAAAGCAGGCGGCGGGCGCGGAGGCGGGGCCAGAGCGAGGGCCGCGGAUCCCAACGCGGCUCCUGAGAUACCGCAGCCGGGCAGCGCCCCCCGGGGCCGAGCAGGAGCAGGAACCAUGGAUUCUUUCAAGGUGGUGCUGGAGGGGCCAGCACCCUGGGGCUUCCGGCUGCAGGGAGGCAAGGACUUCAAUGUUCCCCUCUCCAUCUCCCGGCUCACUCCUGGAGGCAAAGCAGCACAGGCUGGAGUGGCUGUGGGAGACUGGGUGCUGAGCAUCGAUGGUGAGAAUGCUGGGGGGCUCACACACAUUGAAGCCCAGAACAAGAUACGAGCCUGCGGGGAACGCCUCAGCCUGGGUCUUAGCAGGGCACAGCCAGCUCAGAGCAAACAGCAGAAGGCCCUGGCCCCCGCCGCGGACCCCCCGCGGUACACCUUUGCACCCAGCGCCUCCCUCAACAAGACGGCCCGGCCCUUUGGGGCACCCCCGCCCGCUGACAGCACCCUGCAGCAGAAUGGACAGCCGCUCCGACCGCUGGUCCCAGACGCCAGCAAGCAGCGGCUGAUGGAGAGCACGGAGGACUGGCGGCCGAGGCCUGGGACAGGCCAGUCCCGCUCCUUCCGCAUCCUUGCCCACCUGACGGGCACCGAGUUCAUGCAAGACCCGGAUGAGGAGCAACUGAAGAUGUCAAGCCAGGUACCCAGGACAGAAGCCCCCGCCCCAGCCUCAGCUCCACCCCAGGAACCCUGGCCUGGCCCUACCACCCCUACCCCCACCAGCCGCCCGCCCUGGGCUGUGGACCCUGCCUUUGCUGAGCGCUAUGCCCCCGACAAGACCAGCACGGUGCUCACCCGGCACAGCCAGCCAGCCACGCCCACGCCUCUGCAGAACCGAACCUCCAUCGUGCAGGCAGCCACCGGAGGGGGCACAGGAGGGACAGGUGGUGGCAAUGGCAAGACACCCGUGUGCCACCAGUGUCGCAAGGUCAUCCGGGGCCGUUACCUGGUGGCCCUGGGCCACGCAUACCACCCUGAGGAGUUUGUGUGCAGCCAGUGUGGGAAGGUUCUGGAAGAGGGUGGCUUCUUCGAGGAGAAGGGUUCGAUCUUCUGCCCACCCUGCUAUGACAUGCGCUACGCUCCCAGCUGUGCCAAGUGCAAAAAGAAGAUCACGGGCGAGAUCAUGCAUGCCCUGAAAAUGACGUGGCACGUUCACUGCUUCACCUGCGCGGCCUGCAAGACACCCAUCCGGAACAGGGCCUUCUACAUGGAAGAAGGGGCACCCUACUGCGAGCGAGACUACGAGAAGAUGUUUGGCACUAAAUGCCGUGGCUGUGACUUCAAGAUCGAUGCCGGGGACCGCUUCCUAGAGGCACUGGGCUUCAGCUGGCAUGAUACGUGCUUCGUUUGCGCAAUAUGUCAGAUCAACUUGGAAGGGAAGACCUUCUACUCCAAGAAAGACAAGCCCCUGUGCAAGAGCCAUGCCUUCUCCCACGUGUGAGCCCCUCCCUCCCACUGCUGCUUGGCCCCGCCCACUGCUGCCUGGCUCCGCCCACUGCAACCUCCUCGCAGGUUCUGAAGUCAACACUGAGAUUUCUGGGCAGGGCUGACAGAGGUCAUCAUAACCUGACUCCUGGCCGGAGACUGGGGUUCCCUGGACCCAGCCUCACCCCCUCAUUAUCCCCAAUUCCCUCCAUCACCAUCACACACCGGUGCUGGCCACACCAGCCCCUGUACACCUCAGUGCCACAAUAAACUUGUAACCAGCUGUG